UUCCAGGAAGUGGCGGUCGGCGCGGCGGCGGCUGCCGGUGGGCGGGGGGAGCCGGGGGCGCAGCGCAGCCAUGUCGGAGCGGAAAGUCUUGAACAAAUACUACCCGCCCGACUUCGACCCCGCUAAGAUCCCGAAGCUCAAGCUCCCGAAGGACCGGCAGUAUGUGGUGCGCCUCAUGGCCCCCUUCAACAUGCGUUGCAAGACGUGCGGUGAAUACAUCUACAAGGGGAAGAAGUUUAACGCCCGUAAGGAGACCGUUCAGAACGAGGUGUACCUGGGGCUUCCCAUCUUCCGCUUCUACAUCAAGUGCACGCGGUGCCUGGCGGAGAUCACUUUCAAGACAGACCCCGAGAACACCGACUACACCAUGGAGCACGGCGCCACGCGGAACUUCCAGGCUGAGAAGCUCUUGGAGGAAGAGGAGAAGAGGAUGCAGAAGGAGAGGGAAGAGGAAGAGCUGAACAAUCCCAUGAAGGUCCUGGAGAACCGAACCAAGGACUCCAAGCUGGAGAUGGAGGUCCUGGAGAACCUGCAGGAGCUGAAGGAGCUCAACCAGCGCCAGGCCAACGUUGACUUCGAGGCCAUGCUGCGGCAGUACAAGGAGUACGAGGAGGAGCAGAAACGCAGGGAGCAAGAGGAGGAUGAGCAAGAGAUGAAAGCCAUGCUGGAGGAGGUGCAGAACCGGCGCCUGCUGGUCGACUCGGACUCCGACGAAGAAGCUGCGAAACCAUCCGCAAAGCCCGUGGCAAAAACGAGACCUACGGACAUCCUGCAGGAGGACCCUCAGCCCCAGAGUAAGAAGCUGAAGACCGAGAGCUGGGAGCGCAGCGUGGGCAAACUGAACAGCAAGUCCCAGCUGGCCGGGCUGGUCACGGUGAGGAAGCAGAAGCCCAGUGCCAGCCUGGCAAACAGGACAGAGAACCACAGCACCACGGCCAGCACUGGCUCGUUUCCCCCAGCAACGGGCACCGCGUCGACGUCGUCCUCCCUCGGCUUGUUGGGGGCGUAUUCGGACAGCGAGGACAGCGCCGGUGACUGAUGAAGCGGAGCCAGGCCGGGAGCGGGGCAGUGCGGGCUGCCGCCCCCCGGCACCUCGUGCAGGGCUGGCACCGCGACCGCGGGGCCCCGGGGGGGUUUCCAGCCUGCCUGGGGUCCCCGCGUCUUCGCUUCCCCGGCCCAGAAAGCGGCAGGGCGCGCAGCCAGCCUCCGGCAGGGACCCUCUGCCCGGCCCCGCGGCCGCGCGGCGCCCCGGCCCAGCACCUACAACGUGUUCCGAAGCACCGGGGCCGGCCAGGACCGGGGAGUUUCUCCGUCCUCCUGGCACCCCCUGUCCUCAGCGCCCCCCCCUCUGCCUGCUCUGCGCCCCACCACUGCCACGGAGGGACCCUGGGGCCUCCCUCCUGCCCCACAGCCCUGCAGGGGGAGGCGGGGGCUCGGCACCCUCCCUUGUGGCCCCCCCCCAACCUCCCCCUUCUCAAGCACUGAGUUUCUCCUGCCCCCUUCCACAACGGGGGGCUCAGAUCCUUCCCCGGGGGGGUGGCUGUGGUCCCCCCGCUGUCUUGCCGUGGAGGAGGCGCCUCUCUCACGGGCUCUGCUCGCGGCCGGGUAAUAAAUGGGAUGUGUCA